GGCUACCUAUCUAGACGCAAGCUUGAUAAAUUAAGAUACCAACGGACAGCAAUUGAAUGCAUCCAGAAAAACUUUAGAAAAUACUUGGUAUUACGCCAGUGGAAUUGGUGGCGUCUACUUACAAAAGUAUUACCAUUAAUUCAAGUUAAUCGAACUGAAGAAGAAAUUAAAGAGAAAGAUUCUCAACUUGAAUCCUUAAAUGCUCGUAUUGCUAAGCUAGAAGGAGAAAAAAAUAGUUUACACGAUGAAAAAAUCGAAUUAGAGAUGAAAGUUACUGAAUUAUCAGUAGCAUUAGCUGAAGAGCAAAAUAACGCUACUGGCACGGCCGAAAUGCUAGAAGAAGAAUCCAACUCGAGGAGACGCUUGGAAGAGGAGUAUGCUGAACUUAAAUCAGAAUUAGACGAAGUGACAAAUCAA